UGGUGUUGUGUCACGUGAGGCGUCGCUCUGAAACAUGGCUCCAACUAGCCCGGAACACAACAGCGUCGGCUGACUGGGACCUGACACGCAUCUGGAGACACCAGGCGAUGGGGCAGACAUAUGUCAUCCCGCGGCGUUGUAUCGUUUUUUAAAAGUUAAUGUGUUACAAGCUCAUCAUGCGUGAAAGCGGAGGUGCCCCCUCGGCUUAACGCUAGCUAGCUGUCAACCUCUACAAGUGGCGAGAGAGUUACUCGGCAGCAUUGGCAGUAGAGGAGACACUGUCCCUCCAUGGAUCUCUGAACAUCAGCCCCAGUGGGUGACAGUGACGUGACCACAGCCGAUCGGUAUGCAACUCUUACCAGACAUGGAUUGGUUGAUGCACGCAGUUGAAAAAGACUUGGGGGUGGACCGGCGACAGCAGGGUGCAGGCCCACGGCCCCUGGAGCUUGUUGCACUUGUUCCCACGCGCUGGGUGAUGGGCUUGCGAGAGAGGAGAAUCAUGCGUUGUGCUCGCUUCGACAGCAUCAGUGAAACCGAGAUUCGGACCUACCUUCACUGCUGCCAGGCGAAGUUGCCUCCCGGCUGGACGCGGGUGUGCAUUCAGGGUCUGAGGAAGAGCAAGAUGAACUACAGAUUAGCUAGAGACCCGUGCCAUCAACAAAUGGAGUUCACCUCACUGGAGUCUUAUAUUAAAACCAUGCAGUGUGUGUCACAGCAGAAUGUCAGGAACUUAUGGCACGAAGCACAUCACAAUCUUGUGCAACCAUAUGCAGGGGCAGCGGAGCAGAUGCAUGUUGCAGCGGUAGAUUCAGUGCGUCAUGCACUGCAGAAGCUAUUCCAUACUACAUUCAUCUCAUCUGACCGAGUGUCCCCAUCUCUUUCUCCAGCCAGAGAGAAGGAGAAAGAAAACUUCUUGCCACUCACUUCAUCCUUUUUACCCAAGUCCCAGUCAGACCAGCUGUGUCCUAAUGUUCUGCUGGCUGAGUGUCUGCUAGAGACUGCAGAUAUGUUAUAUGUGAUUCUACCUUAUACUCAGUAUUCACUUCUUGAUAUAGUCUCCUUCAGUCCUGCCAAGCUUGCUAACAGUCAUGCCAAAGUGUUGUUCAUUCUCUACCAAUUACUAAUUGCUCUGCAGGCAUGUCAUGUAGCAGGUUUGUCUUGUGGUGAGCUCUCAUUGCAGGACAUAGCAGUGGAUGAGCAGCUCUGUAUCCACCUUAAGCUCAACCUAGCUCACUAUGAGAAACUGGGAACAGAGAGGGAUGUAGACAAUGAUGUCAAUAGCAGACAAGUACCAAAAAGUGUCCUGCCAAAGCACAGUGCUUGUGUGAGCCAAGAGAACAAAAGACUUUGUAGAGACUGCUUUGGCGACCUCAAGACACUUGUUCUCGACUGGGUUCAUGGCCGAGUCAGUAACUUUGACUACUUGAUGGAACUGAACAGGUUAGCAGGACGUCGGGAAGGAGACCCUAAUUACCACCCAGUUUUGCCAUGGGUGGUGGAUUUCACUGUGCCGUUUGGAAAAUUCCGGGACCUCAGGAGGUCCAAGUUCAGGCUCAACAAGGGGGACAAACAGCUAGACUUUACAUAUGAGAUGACCAAGCAGGCUUUGGCGGCAGCAGCCAGUAGUGGUGUUGGCGUAGUAAGUGGAGAUCUUAGUGGGUCUGUUGGUGCUGGUGGUGCUGGGCAAUCUGAGCACCUCCAUGUCCCUCAUCACAUAUCAGAUGUCCUUUCGGACAUUACCUACUAUGUCUACAAAGCUCGGCAGACACCCAAAACGGUGCUAUGCAGCCAUGUUAGAUCCCAGUGGGAGCCAAAUGAAUAUCCAGCCAGUAUGGAGCGCAUGCAGAGUUGGACCCCCGAUGAAUGCAUACCAGAGUUUUACACAGACCCCUCAAUUUUCCACUCCAUUCAUCCUGACAUGCCAGACCUGGAUGUGCCUUCCUGGUGCAAGUCAUGUGAGGAGUUCAUUGAGGUCCACCGGCGUCUUCUGGAGAGCAGAGAGGUGUCCCAGCAUUUGCAUUACUGGAUAGACCUCACAUUUGGUUAUAAGCUGUCUGGUAAAGAAGCUGUCAAAGCUAAGAAUGUGUGCCUGCAUCUAGUGGACAACCACACCAAUCUGACGACGUACGGUGUAGUCCAGCUAUUUGACCAACCCCACCCCCCCCGCUUAUCUUCUUCUCAGUAUGCUCCAACUGAACCUCCUUUUCUUGGUCUUGCUGCUCUUAAUGUGCCUUUACAUGUUCCUCAAAUUGACCCCAUGGCUGACGCUGUGGAUGGAAUGGUGCCAGAGUCCACGGGGUGUGAGUCCGCUGCCUGGACAAUGGUAGACAGAGACGAAGAGCUUGAACAAGGAAUGGAGGCUUUGGACUCAUUAGCGUCCAGUGGCACGUCUAACUCCACGUCCUGCUCUGUGCCACUUCCAACCACCACCACAUGUGGAGUGAAGAUGGGAGGAGAACACACAGCACUUACUGUGUCUCAAUCCCCAAGCUCAUUCACAGGUGACUUCCCAAGUGGUAUAGGCCCAGGUUUACGCAGUGGCAUGUUACAAAAAAGUGGGCCAACAAACAAAAAGCCUGGAGAGGGAAGUGUGGUCACCAACAAUGCGGAGGAGUUCAAGAUAAUCUUACCUGAAGGUUUCAGUCCAUUGCAGCCCUUGGAAGAGCUGGAGAAGAUGAACAAUUUCCUUGUUAAGAGUCUGCGUGCUGAGGUUUGGCACCCUGGAGGACACAGUGACUGCAUUAGAGAUGACGUGUUAGCUGAAACUCUACCCUCUGUUACUCAGCUCUACCAAAGAGAUAUGCAGGCGUUUGGCAUCCUCAUUGCUGAGAUAUUCUUCUCAUCCAAACUGAGAGGACUGAAACCAGGCACCCCUCUCAGACAGCGUUUCCAAGCUGUAAUGAAGUUAUGCACUGCUGGCCUUCGUGAUGUGCCACUGUCUUUGCAUCAUGCCCUCGAAACACUGCUGCUGAUAGAGAAGCACUCUGGAGUAGAACACAGGGAAAUGCCAGAUGACCCAAGCCCACUUCUUUUCAAGUAUGACCCCAUUUGUGAUGGUCUCCCUCCCCCAAACCCUUCCCAGUUUUUGAACUCAGUCAUCACACCCCUUCCAUUCCCUUCAUAUUUUGCAGCACUUCAUCAUUUUAUCUUUUCCUAUCAUACCACAAUUGAGAAACCGGGCAGCCAUCAAGGAAGAGAUGUUGUGUUUCAACUGUGGCAAGAGCUUGAGACACUGCUACGUGGUAAUAUCACAGCUGAAGGCCUUGAAAUUCUCCUGCCCUUCAUUUUGGCCCUCAUGCUUGAGGAGUCUACUGCUGUUUAUGCUGCUUGGUACCUUUUUGAGCCCAUCUCAAGGGUGCUCGGUCCCAGAAAUGCAAACAAGUAUUUAUUAAAGCCAUUGAUCAAUGUAUAUGAAAACCCUCACUGCCUUCGUGGGCGUUUCUAUCUCUACACUGACUGCUUUAUUUUGCAGCUCAUAGUGAGACUUGGUUUGCAAGCAUUUCUAUCCAGCCUACUCCCCCAUGUGCUGCAGGUCAUCACUGGCUUUGAAAGCUCAGGUUCAGAAGGGGAAACAUGUAAAGGGAUAAGGGGUGGCACAUGUAAUCUAGGAGAGGAAGAGGAAGACGACUACCACUGUGGGGAUGUGCGGUCAUCAUCUGGGUCUGUUAGUGGGAAUAUGGGAAGUAGUGGUGGAGCCAGUGGAGGGGUUGGGGUUAUGGGGGAUACAGGGUUAGUUGAUUACUCCUCCGGCAUAAGUCUGAGUGACCAAGUGUUUCUGUCAGAGACAGAGUAUUUUCAGAAUGGGUUUUAUGUCAACAGUGGAGCGGGGGCUUCUGGAAAGCAGCAGAGCCAGAACUCUGCAUCCAAAGAUGAAGACCAGGAAUCAGUAAGUGUAGGAAAGUUAAGUGACAAGAGCAGCACAAGUGAACUCUCUCUGGGUGACGGGGACUCAAUGCGGGACCGAGCCAGUCUUAAAUCGGCUGACAGCAGUCAAGACCUAAAACAAGCCAGUGAGGGUGAAGAGGGAAAAGAGUUUGAGGAAGAUGAGGUGACUGAGACAAAUUAUGGGAAAGAGGGCACACCUGACUGUAGUUUACCCAACAUGGCACUCACUCUAUCUAGCUGCCCUGAAGCUUCCACUCUGAAGGCUGACUUUGUCAAUGGAAUGACACUGGAAGAGAGCAAGAAUGGGAUUGUGGGAGAACAGGAGGAGGAAGAUGACAGUGAUCUAACAGAAGACUCUGAGGAAAAAGAGCAAAAGAUUCUUUUAGAUACAGUCUGCAAAACUGUUAGAUGGCUGUCGGCAAAGCUUGGGCCAACGGUGACGUCUCGAUAUGUAGCCAGAAAUUUACUGCGUCUGCUUACAAAUUGUUACAUUGGACCUAAUAACCAUCGCUUUGUGGUCCCUUCUGAGGAGAGCACUAUAGAGAGUGUAGGACUGGGCAGUGUGUAUGAGAAGAAGCCUGUGGUUGGUGACCAGACAGCUGGGCCUGUGUUGGAUUGUCUCAUUUACAUAGCACAACUUUAUGGAGAGCCUGUACUCACCUACCAGUACCUUCCUUAUAUAGGAUAUCUGGUUUCUCCACCUUCAUCACAGCGUCUCAACACGCGUAAAGAGGCAAGUCUGCUUGGAGCGGUUGCACUUACACAGAAGAUAAUAGUCUUCCUCUCUGAUACCACUCUAAUGGACAUGCUUAUGAAGAUCAAUCAGGAUGUGCUGCUUCCACUUCUUGACCUGCUAACCACUCCUCGCAUGGGGUUCCCCAGCGGGGUGCAGACACGCACUGCCGUCUGUAUCAAGACCCUCAGCCUCAUGGCUCUCAUCUGUCUGCGCAUCGGGAGGGAAAUGGUGCAGCAGCACAUGGCUGAUACUUUGCAUCGCUUCUUUGCGGUUUUCUCCCUGCUGCAUUCUCUGCAGCUCCAGCUGGAGAAUGCCCCUCGCAGAGUUGUAGGAGAAGUCACGAUGGUGGAUGUUUGUACAACUGAAGAGUCAAAUGUGACCUACGAAUUGGGUGUGUUGGAGGAGCUUCAGACUGUCUUUAACUCUGAGAUGGCCCAUGCGUCCUACAUCCCAUUCUACUGCCUCAUAGGUGACGUGGCAAUACGGAAACUGGUUCCCAACCAUGACACUGUCUGGCAGUUGGCCCAAUCCUACCAUCAGAGUGUGAGCCAAGGGAGUCAGAAGACAAAGCUACCUACAUCUUCCAUUGGUCUUUCUUCUGGUUUCGGCAGAAGCUUUGGUGGUAGCCCUCUACCUACACCUUCAAGUAGCUUCAUGCCACUGGCGGACUCCCUCCCUGAAUCAGGCACAUUCGGAAGCCACCUGGUAGGAAACCGUAUCCAAGUGUCCAGAGACACCGAUUACGAGGGACGCCAUACUGCCGCCAUUAUGACUACAAUGUCCACUUACACCUCUCCUUCUACGGGCAUAACUUCUUUUUCCUCCUCCUGGGUAACGGGUCCCACCCCAGAGGACAGUGCCCUGAAGCAGGAGCUCCCACGCAGCAGCCGGUCCCUCCAGGGGAACUGGCUGGCCUACUGGCAGUAUGAAAUUGGUCUCAACCAACAAGAUCCCCAUUUCCACUUUCACCAGAUCCGCCUGCAGAGCUUCCUGGGUCAUUCCGGCACUACAAAGUGUUUGGCACCACUCGCCGGAGAGGAUUAUUUCCUUUCUGGUAGCAAAGACAAGACUGUGAAACUAUGGCCACUAUAUAAUCAUGGUGAUGGAACCCAGGAGGUGGAGCCCAGGCUGACAUAUAGUGAGCAUAGAAAGUCUAUCUUUUAUGUUGGACAGCUUGAGGCUUCAUUGGAGGUAGUGAGCUGUGAUGGGACCGUGCACCUGUGGAACCAGUAUACAGGCAAGCAGAUCCGCUCCUAUGAAGCCGUGGAUGGAAAGAAUCCCAUUACAGCUGUCGCCACCAUGCCAGCUCCACACUGCAGCGUCGUGUUUGGCAGCGCCGAUUCUGUGCUUCGCUUCAUUGACCCUCGCAAACCAGGAUUACAGCAUGAAUUUCGUCUGGCCUACAACAAUUUGAGUGCUGGCCUCAUCCGGUACCUGGCAGUGAGCCCUUCAGGGCGCACAGUGGCUGCUGGUUUCUCAUCUGGCUUCAUUGUUCUGCUAGACGUACGGACAGGACUUAUUCUCAAGGGUUGGCCAGCGCAUGAAGGAGAUAUCCUCCAAAUGAAGGCUGCAGAGGGAAACUUGGUCAUUAGCUCCUCAACUGACUACACACUGACUGUGUGGAAAGACCUGGAAAACAAGUUUGUGCGCCAGUACAAGUCGCAGUCAGACCCCAUCCAUGCCUUUGACCUCUACGGUUCAGAGAUUGUAACCGGAACGGUGGCUAACAAGAUCGGGGUGUACUCCAUGGCCGACAUCUCGCUGAGCCCCAUCAGCAGCACCAAGCUGAGCUCGGAGAACUUCCGCGGGACUCUUACCAGCCUGGCCAUCCUACCCACUAAAAGGCUUCUGCUGCUGGGCUCUGAAAACGGUGCCAUUAGGUUAUUAGCUUAGGCCUCACAGCGUUACUAAACAGUCUUACUGCCAACUGUAAGCGUUUCUAAUUUUAAAGGCACAUGCAAAGGUUUCUUUCUCGGCGUCGCCUCCUUUGCUUUAUGUCACUUGUACUGUUCAGAUUGUUCACUUCUCUAAAUUGCAGCACAACAAGAGGCAGUGAAAAACGCUUCAUAGAUACGGAGUCAAGCUACUCUUAAGUUCGGCACUGAAUUUAAAGGACAAGAAAUGUGUGCCACACUACUUACAUAUAUCAUGUACCUAUGUAUUUUUUUUACUACCUAUACAUGUAUAGACAGUCUAUAGUGGGAAAUUCCUAUCUUCACUAGGUCAGUUAUUCUCUUAAAAAGAAUGAAUUAGAAGAUGUGCUCAGGAAGGUGGAGCCAAACCUGGUUCUCAUGUAGUGUUUACACUUUCCAAAUAGAUACAUAACACCAAAAAUACAUUGACCUCACCUUUUGUUUCUCUCGAUGGUAGAAUACAUAUGUAUCCAAAUGCACUGAUUAAACUAUGCAGUAUUUGUAGCUCAAACUGUUUAUUUGGGUUAGCAUUACUUCUUUUUCAUUCAUUGUCUAUACAUAAAUAAAAAUACAUUGUUGUGACACCAGUCUUGGUGCAUCUUCACAGACUGAAGACAUGAACAGUAAGUUGUCAUCACUUAGAGAUUUACUGACGCACAGCCUUCUUUCAGCUUUACCAUGUAUGGCCUGAAUUGUAACAUGGAUUCUCAUACAGAUUUUAUAGGUGAAUGUGUUUAUUCACUAAUUAAUUACUUGACGCUGCUUUGGGCUUUUCUAAAACUGUGUGUGGGGACUCUCUUCAGAACUUGUAGCAGCAUCAUCCUGGGAGAUUCUUUUAGCAGGUGUUACUUGUUACGCUCGUAACUUUUCAAACUUCUGACCACAAAAUGGAAGAACAGUCAACGCCAAGGUUAAGAGUUUUGUAUUUUAACAUUUCUAUGUAACUGCAUUUAAAGACGUUGAGAAAAUGCCAAGAAACGUUGAAAUAAAUAAAAAAUGUGAUGCACAUUAAUACAGGUACACAUUUUGUUGUGUAACUUCAGCACAAUUUUGUUUAAAAUAAAACCUGAGGAUACAGCCCAUUUGCAUUCAAACUAUUAAAGCAUUUCCCUUUAUUUA